AUGGUCCGCAGCGCUUGCGCGACCUGCGCUUGUGGCAGGUGCCACUCCUGCUGCCUCGGCGGCGACAAUGGUGGUGGUGUUGGCGAGUGUGGCAGCGGUGACGGCGAUCGUGGUGGCGGCGGUGGUGGUGGCGUCGGCGAUCGUGGUGGUGGUAGCGGCGGCUGCGUUACCGGCGGCGGCCGCGCUGCUGGUGGCGACUGCGCAGCUCUGCUCAACCGGCGGAAGAUCAUCCUAUCCCUCGCCGCCCGCCGCGCCACGUCGUCCUCGUCCGACGACACCUCGGGACUGACGGUCUCCGUCCCCUCCUCCUCGCUCGCGUCCUCCGGCCCACUCUCGUCGGAAGAGAUGGCGACGACCUCUCCGACCUCCGUCGCGUCUGCGCCUGGGUCCUCCUCCUCGGACGGCAGCUCCACGUCCUAG